GAUCUAUCUAAUGUCAUGCAUCCAUGCAUAUGACAAUCACUACGACUUCUAAGUUGACUGUCCUAAUCUUCUAGUUAAUGAAAUAAAACAACUGAGACACACUUCAACCACUUGUCUAAUACUAAUUAAUAUAUUAGGUAUAUACUUCCUACAUACACCUGGCUCUCUUAAUCGUCCUUCGCUUCUAUCUUAAAACACGAAAACCAUUUUAAUUAAAUCUUAAUAUCUCACGAACAGAUAAGUGUAUCAUCCCGAGCCAAUAAGAGUCGUGAGAUCAGUUCUAUAGGUAUUGAUACACUAUAGAUGUAUCCAUAGUCUCGGCUUACUAUACACGUUGUACUCUCUACCUUAACCCCGCGUCGGGGGGUUAUCCUCUUGUAUAACCCACGACAGACCUCCAACAAUCGAGUCUCCGUACUUAAUAGUAAUAUAAGUAUUUUUCCAAGCUACCGACACCAGCAGACCAUACAACUAGAUGUCAGAUACAACAUAUUUAUAACCUAAAAUGCCUUCAAUCAUAAUUCCAAAGGCUUUGGACCCAGGUGCAACCAUUGCCUUCAUCUCGCCCUCAGCUCGACUUAAUGACCAAUAUCCUGCUGUCGUGUCCCGAGCUACCGCCGUACUCGAAGGACGGGGUUACAACGUUCGAGAAUUCUAUAAUAAGGAUACAGGCAUUCAAUCAUCUAUCACCAACCGCAUAUCCGAGCUGCGCGCCGCAUUCAUAGAUCCUGAGGUUUCCGCCAUCAUCUGCACCAUCGGUGGGCCAUCCUUCACGGAGUUGCUACCAGGUCUGAUUGCCGAUACGGAUCUACAUAAUAUCAUUCGUGCCAACCCCAAGAUAGUCGUAGGCUACUCCGAUAUUACCGGUUUACACUGGUUUUUACACGCAUUUACGGGACUCCGUACCUUCUACGGGCCAGGGGUCAUCCCAGAGCUCGGCGCGUCCGAAUCAGUUGACGAUGAAGCAUUGCCACUUGCAUUCUGUAUUAAACACCUUUUCCGUGCUAUCGCGGAUCGCAAACCUAUUGGCGACGUCCCACGAUCGCCAACGUAUGCGCAUAGGCAUCCUUCUUGGUUCCACGAUCCGGCAUCUAUACACAAGACAGAGCUCGUUCCUACUCCCGGUUGGAUAUGGCUCCGGUCAGGCAAGGCGCAAGGACGGCUCUUCGGUGGCUGUCUAUCCGUUAUGGCACGUCUCAACGGGGUGCGACACAUCGUUCCAGAUUGGCGAGGCCGGAUUAUAUUCUUCGAGACGGCUACCGGGGAAAAGUUUGGAUCGGGAAACCCGAUAGAUCGGGUCAAGGCUGGCAUUGCAGAUCUUAUUGCCCAGGGUGUUUUUGAAGAAGCCGCGGGCUUAGUAGUAGGCCGGCCAUUCGGGUACGACUCUACGGAGCAGAGAGAAAAAUAUAUCAGUGUCAUCAAAGGUCUCUUAUGCGAUGGUCCGCUCUCUAAGAAGGAAUUCCCCAUUCUAUUUAAUGUUGAUGUUGGGCAUACAACCCCGAUGGUCACCUUGCCAUUCGAUGCGCUAGCUACAUUAGACUCUGAAAAAGAUCAGUUUGCUGUUCAAGAGUCAGGAGUUGUAUGAGACCGCUACGGAAAUCUAAGAAGCCUGAGUUUCCAAAGCAUUUACGUUAAUCCAUUGGAGAUUCUAUUGAGAUGCUUCUAAUAGGUG